GCUGGUGAGAGAGGAGGAGCGUGAGGUCGGUUCACGUCGCGCUCCCAGGGGGCUGUGCGUGACCCUCGCAUCCGCCUGGAUCUUCUGACCAAGCGCGUGAACGUCUCCCCGUAGACUGCUAUGGCGCUUCACGUUCCCAAGGCCCCGGGCUUUGCCCAGAUGCUUAAGGAGGGAGCGAAGCAUUUUUCAGGAUUAGAAGAGGCUGUGUACAAGAACAUACAGGCUUGCAAGGAGCUUGCCCAAACGACCCGGACAGCAUAUGGACCAAAUGGAAUGAACAAAAUGGUUAUCAACCACCUGGAGAAGUUGUUUGUGACAAAUGAUGCAGCUACUAUUUUAAGAGAGCUAGAAGUACAGCAUCCUGCUGCAAAAAUGAUUGUAAUGGCCUCUCACAUGCAAGAGCAAGAAGUUGGAGACGGCACAAACUUUGUUCUGGUAUUUGCGGGAGCCCUUCUGGAAUUAGCUGAAGAGCUUUUGAGAAUUGGCCUGUCAGUUUCAGAGGUUAUACAGGGUUAUGAAACAGCCUGCAGAAAAGCCCAUGAGAUUCUUCCUGAUUUGGUAUGUUGUUCUGCAAAAAAUCUUCGAGAUGUUGAGGAAGUGUCAUCUCUACUUUGUACCUCCAUUAUGAGUAAACAGUAUGGUAAUGAAGUGUUUCUGGCCAAACUUAUUGCUCAGGCGUGUGUAUCUAUUUUUCCUGAAUCUGGCCAUUUCAAUGUUGAUAACAUCAGAGUUUGUAAGAUUCUGGGCUCUGGUAUCUAUUCCUCUUCAGUAUUUCAUGGCAUAGUUUUUAAGAAAGAAACCGAAGGUGAUGUAACAUCUGUCAAAGGUGCAAAAAUCGCAGUGUACUCUUGUCCUUUUGAUGGCAUGAUAACAGAAACUAAGGGAACAGUAUUGAUAAAGACUGCUGAAGAAUUGAUGAAUUUUAGUAAGGGAGAAGAAAAUCUCAUGGAUAUACAAGUCAAAGCUAUAGCUGGUACUGGUGCAAAUGUCAUAGUAACAGGUGGCAGAGUGGCGGACAUGGCUCUUCAUUAUGCAAACAAGUACAAUAUCAUGUUGGUGAGGCUGAACUCAAAAUGGGAUCUCAGAAGGCUAUGUAAAACAGUUGGUGCUACAGCGCUUCCUAGAUUGACUGCUCCUGUCCCUGAGGAAAUGGGACGUUGUGACAGAGUUUACCUCUCAGAAGUUGGAGACACACAGGUGGUAGUUUUUAAGCAUGAAAAGGAAGACGGUGCCAUUUCUACCAUAGUGCUUCGUGGCUCUACAGACAAUCUGAUGGAUGAUAUAGAAAGGGCUGUAGAUGAUGGUGUUAAUACUUUCAAAGUUCUCACAAGGGAUAAACGUCUUGUACCUGGAGGUGGAGCAACAGAAAUUGAGUUAGCCAAGCGGAUCACAUCAUAUGGAGAGACAUGUCCUGGACUUGAACAAUAUGCCAUUAAGAAGUUUGCUGAGGCAUUUGAAGCUAUUCCCCGGGCACUGGCAGAGAAUUCUGGAGUUAAGGCCAAUGAAGUAAUCUCUAAACUUUAUGCUGUACAUCAAGAAGGAAAUAAAAAUGUUGGAUUAGAUAUUGAGGCUGAAGUUCCUGCUGUAAAGGACAUGUUGGAAGCUGGUAUUCUAGACACUUACCUGGGAAAAUACUGGGCUAUCAAACUGGCUACUAAUGCUGCUGUCACUGUACUUAGAGUGGAUCAGAUCAUCAUGGCAAAACCAGGUGGUGGGCCCAAGCCUCCAAGUGGGAAGAAAGACUGGGAUGAUGACCAAAAUGAUUGAGUGGCUUGAUAUUACUGUAGGUGAAGGCUAUGUUUAUAGCAAUAGUCUAGGAAUUACCUGUUUCCAUAUUCUUAAAUUAAGAAUUGUUUUAUGUUUGUUUCCACAGUUGGAUGAUACAGUAAACAUAUUGUUAAUAUUAAAGCCUCAUUGAUGACCACUGUUAA